AUGCUUAGUGGCCUUCAGACUGUGAAGAUGAUCUACUCCAAGGACGAUAGCCGUGGUCAACCACUCAUUAAGCCGGCAGUCAUCUGGAUUCCCAAAGAAAAGUUCCUCACAGCAACUAAUGACGCCUGCGAAUUGCUCAGGGUGGGAGUGGUGGCCUUCGUGUCGCCGCCCGACCCGUUAAUCCGUCAGUCAGUGCGGAUGGUCUCCAAGCAAUUCCACAUCCCCAUAAUCGAGACACACUGGGACACGGACCGCUCCAAUAGCCGAUUUGCCAUCAACAUCCAUCCCUCGCACGACGCCUUCGGGGACGCAGUCUUCGAGUACCUUUCCAGCUACUCCAAGUGGAAUCAUGUGGUACUCGUUCUGGCCGACUAUGGGAACAUAGUGAAGCACACGGCGUGGUUGAAUAACUUUGAGGGUACUUUGGUCAUCCGGACGCUUGGAGCAGACCGUUUCAAAUGGAAAGCCAUUGUCGCCGAAUUGGCAAGCUCCGAUGCACGCAACUUCCUGCUCGAUAUCCCCUACUGGUAUGCCAAGGACUUUCUGGUUUUGGCUUACGUCCACAACAUGACCGGAGAGCAGUACAACUACGUCUUCACCGACUGGGAUACCCAUCUUCUGGACUUGAGUGCCUUCAAGAUAGACGAUGGUGCGAGCAUAUCAACCUUCUCCAUUAUACCCAACGUCGGUGUUCACGAGCCGUAUGGACGUGGUCCGUUUGUCGAAAAUCUCCGUUCCACAAUCAACAAAAUCGAGCGCGCACAGAGGUACUCGGAUAUUCUCCCAUUCCUAACGUUUAACUCAUCGAAAAUCCCCACUAUAACCGGCCAGAUACUCUUUGAUCGUCACAGUUAUCGGUCAAACUUUAAUAUGAGUAUCCUUAGUUUGCAGAACUCAGGACUGCAAGAAAUUGGUUACUGGACGCACAGAGAUCGUCUGCAGAUUACUCACCCGAUAAAGAAGAAAAAGAAGAUCCCAAAGAAGCCGCUUACAACGGUCACCCUCAGGGUAACAACUGUUCCGGACACGCCAUUUGUAAUUCCCAAGAAGUUCGAUGCCUACGGCCAGCCUCUGAAGACCCCAGAUGCCUGGGAAGGCUACUGCGUUGAUCUUCUCAACCUCAUCUCUCAGGAUGUUGGCUUUAACUAUACCAUUGAUAUCACCAUGGAUCACUAUGGCUCACGUCACGUCAACGAAUCGGGCGAGGUCUACUACAACGGCAUUGUCGGCGUAGUACACAGAGGCGUGUGGGCUUACGUGAUAACGACCUACAUCGUUGUCUCCGUUGGGCUCUUCCUGGUUGCUCGUCUCAGUCCCUACGAGUGGCAAAAUCCUCAUCCUUGCGAGGCCUUCUCGGAGGAAAAAGAGAAUCAAUUCACGGUGCUCAGCAGUUUCUGGUUCUUUAUCACACCUCUUCUCAAUCAAGGUGCUCCUCUGUUUUUUGGGAUUGCUCACAUCCAGGCUCCGUGUUGUUUGCUUUAA